AAGGAAUAGCUGCUCAAACAGUUUGGCAAGAACACCAAGAAUUGUUAUCAGCUGAUUAUAUAAAUAGAAAAGGAAAUACACAACAAGGAAAAUAUGAAGCACUAAUGUGGAUUACAAAUUUUUUAGAAGAACAUG